AUGCCAGCCGUCCCCGUGCACGAUCCUCGGCGGUCGCGUGGCUCGUUCUCAGCCGUGACCGGCCGAUCGCCAGUCGAAGAUAUCUCGCACCUCAACAUCGCCGAAGUCCGCGAACGCAUAGCUCGCAACGAACGCGUCCUGAACUCGGCGUUGCUUAGAACCCCUCCCACCAAUGGCACAGGAACGGCCAUGGCCAUGUCACCCUCGUCGCGUGCCUCGGGAGCCGAAAAUCCCGUACGCGCCCGCCUCCUGGCCAUGCGUGCUCAGUUGUGCGCCCGCGAGGCCGAGCUCCUCGCCGACAGCGUGGGAAAUAUGGAUCUGAGCACCCAGGCCACACCCCCACGUACAUAUAGUGCCAAGGCCAAUGCCCUCAAUGCCAUCCGACAGGCUGAGGCUGCGCAUCCCCCUAAUCGCAUGGUCUUAUCGGUGGAUGAUACCAUUGCGUUGGGGGAGCGCGAUUUCGAUAACCAGUGGAUGGCGCGGUUCGCCAACGUUGGUAUCGCGCCUAGCGGUCGAAGAGGGGGGAGGGAUGACGCCCUCAAGCGCUCGGAACGCGCGUCACGGCGCGCGCGCGCCAAUGUCGACGGCGAGGACUGCAUGUUCGAUACGGACGAGGCGUAUUCCGCUGCAGGAGUGUAUGCUUCACAGCGACAGGAUAUGGGCAACGGCCUGCCUAUGGCUACGGCACGCGCACGGAGACAGGAGGGGUACGAUGACGAUAUGCGCAGUGACGGGAGCCGCGACGACGAGUGGCUAGAGGGUAACGACGAGUACGAGGUUGAUCAGAGAGAUACGCUCGACCUUUUGCCUGGGUAG